AUGUCGUACAAAAUGUUGAAUCUUUCAAGAGCAUAUGUAACCAGAGUUGUUAACUCCAUAGUGGGAACGAGCAGUCAAAGUUUGAAACCUAUAAAAGCCGCGAUCCCAAAGUCAAGUAUUGUUCCACUCAAUAGACCACAGCAUCCCUUUCUUGGUCACGUAGAUUGGUCCUGCCAACGUUCUAAUGCUGUAUCCCGCAUUGGUCAAACCUCUCAGAUCAGGUUCAAGAGCCAUCACGAUUGGAAAGCGCCGAAUUUCGAUAAGUACCGUCGGGAUUCUCUCAAAAGUCCGUACGCCAACUCUCGCGAUUCACAAGACGCACGUAACAACUUCACAUAUUUCAUCGUAUUGGCAGGCAGCUUGGGAGCUGUCUAUAGUAGCAAGGCCAUCGUGGCUCACUACGUGUCAUUCAUGUCCGCCAGUGCGGAAGUCUUGGCCCUCGCGCAACUGGAGAUCAAGCUCGAUCAAAUCCCGCUGGGCAAACAUGUUACAUUCAAAUGGCGCGGCAAACCGCUAUUCAUCUGGCAUCGCGAGCCAUCGACGAUUCAAGAAGUGCGUGCGGUGCCACUAAAUACCCUACGCGAUCCCGAGCGGGAUGAGGACAGGACACAAAAGGAAGAUUGGUUGAUCCUAAUUGGUGUGUGUACGCAUUUAGGAUGUGUACCGAUUGCGAAUGCAGGCGAUUUUGGCGGCUAUUAUUGCCCCUGUCACGGAUCACACUUUGAUGCCUCAGGACGCAUCCGUAAAGGACCGGCUCCCAUUAAUUUAGUUGUGCCUCCUUACAGCUUUCCAUCGGAUGACUCCGUAGUGGUGGGUUAAGCGCUUCGCAUGAAGGUAAAACGUAUUAAGUGGGAAAAUGUUCUAACCGAAAUAUUUAAUGCUAAUUAUUUGGUAAAAUGUGAUAGAAUUAAACCAUAUCUGCAAUGUU